GCUGCGAGGGCAGGAGCGGAUUUAAAGGAGGCCAGGGCGGGCGGAGGGAGGCUGUGGAGAGAGCGCAGAGCCGAGCGCAGAGCGCAGCGCGCAGCGAGACAGCCGCGAGGAACCCACCGACGGGCCAGCCGGAGCGAGCCGAGCGCUGCGGCGUCUCCCAGCCCAGAGAGCGCAGCCGGCGGCGUCUUCUGGCCGCCGCACGGACGGGCCGGCGCCCUCCCAGCGUGCCUGUUCCCGCGCCGCGCCCCUUCGGCCAGCAUGAGGCUCCUGACCGCCGCGCUGCUCCUGCUGCUCCUGGCGCUGUGCGCCGCGCGCGUGGACGGGUCCAAAUGCAAGUGCUCCCGGAAGGGUCCCAAGAUCCGCUACAGCGACGUGAAGAAGCUGGAAAUGAAGCCAAAGUACCCGCACUGCGAGGAGAAGAUGGUUAUCAUCACCACCAAGAGCGUGUCCAGGUACCGGGGUCAGGAGCACUGCCUGCACCCCAAGCUGCAGAGUACCAAGCGGUUCAUCAAGUGGUACAACGCCUGGAACGAGAAGCGCAGGGUCUACGAAGAAUAGGGUGAGACACUCUGGUGGGAAACUCCAGGCCAGUUGGGAGACUUGAGCAAAGGACUUUGCAGAUUCAAAACAAAAUCUUUCUUUCUCACAGACGUAAGACACAAACUAUAUAUUGUUACAAAGCACUUUUUAUCAAGGGUCAGUUUUUACGUUUUAUAGCUGUGCGGAAAGGCUUCCAGAUGUAAGACCCAUCUCACUUGUGCUCCAGACUUCAUCGCAGGCUGCUUUUUACAGAAAAGGGGGAAACUCAUGCCUUUCCUUUUUAAAAACUGCUUUUUUGUAUUUGUCCAUAUGUCACUACGCAUCUGAGCUUUAUAAGCGCCUGGGAGGAACACUGAUUGUGGUGGAAAGGUUUCAUUGCAGCGUUGCUGCGUUCCUAGCUUGGGAAGCUCCUGCUCAAGGGUCCUGGCGCCUCGGCACAGCUGCCUCAGGCUCUCCUGGGCUUGCGUUCAGUGCCAGCUUCAGUGUGACCCCACAGCGGCCCCCCACUGCUGGGCAACCAGAAGCAGGUCUCUGCAUCUGUUCUUUGAGGAACUCGAGUUUGGUUGCAGAGAAUGUGCUUCAUUCCCCCUGGUUAAUCUUUAUACGCUAGGAAAUAGUCCCAAGAGCCUGGGAGGGCGAUGCGAAGGACCCUAAAGAAGGUGUUAGGUCUUUUCUUCAACUCGAGGGUUUCUGGAAUGUUCACUGUGUCGAUACUUAAUGCAUCAGAAGUAGAUGAGCUCCCCACUCCAUCAACAAAAACGUUAGGAGAACAGUUCAAUAUAGAUGAGCACAUGCACAAUACACAGGAACAGACACACAUUCGGCUGACAAGGGAAAACCUUCACAGCAUGUUCCUUUCCCUCACCACGACAGAACAUGCGGUCCUGAGGCAAUCUGUUUGUGAUUCCCUGUGUAAUUCUUCAAUGUGGAGCCCUCUUCUGAAAGCUAGGACCACCGCGCCCCUCCCCUGUACAUACGCUCCCAAGAGCAGCCCUCCACACGCUGCCCCCAUGUACGCCACGUCACUGCUGUGUGAUAUGCUCUGUAAGUGUCCGAAACCAUUAGCGUUGCAUGCAGGUUUCAUAUUCUUUCUAAGACAAAAAGAAAAGUAAUAAAAUAUAUUUGAAA